AUGGACUCAAAACAACACAAGCUGUUGAAGAUAAUCACGCUGGCGGCCUUCUUGCUGGCGCAAAUUGACGGCGCCGCGCCUGUGAUCCACUCGCUCGAGUAUACAACAACAGGAUCGUUUCGAAUUCCAAAAUUCCCAGGGUAUUUGAGUGUGGGUUACGUUGACGGCGUUCAGAUUUCACACUACGACAGCGACAGUAGGGAAGCAAAAGCCAAACAGGAGUGGAUGAACAAAAUCACAGCUGAGGAGCCAUACUACUGGGAGACACAGAAACUGAUUAAUAUUGUUAAUCAGUACAAUGCCAAAGACAAUAUUGAAAUUCUUCAAGAGCGCUUCAACCAAACGGGAGGUCUUCACAUGAUCCAGCACAUGUUUGGCUGCCAAUGGGACGACGAGACCGACCAGGUGGAUGGUUGGUAUCACAUGAGUUACAACGGAGAGGACUUCAUAUGGUUCGAUUGGAAGCAACUAAGAUGGAUUGCUGUCCAGCCGCAAGCAGUUGUCACCAAACACAAGUGGGACGAAGGGGACGACUACAAUGAAUUCUUGAAGUUCUACAUGACGGAGGAAUGUCCUUCAUACUUGAAGAAGUACGUGAGCUUUGGAAGGGACGUCUUAAUGAGAACAGUGUCCCCGCAGGUGUCCCUGCUGCAGAAGACGGCGGGCUCACCGGUCACCUGCCAUGCCACCGGUUUCUACCCCAGGGCGGCCGUCCUCUUCUGGAAGAAGGACGGCCAGGAUCUGGACGACAACGUGGAGAUGCACGAGAUCCUCCCCAACCACGAUGGGACCUUCCAGACCAGCACUCGCCUCAUAACUGUGGACAAGGACGCUCGCUACGAGUGCGUCUUCCGGCUGGACAGCGUCCUGCAGGUCGUGACCCCGCUGGACCUCGCCAAGGUGUUGAGGAACAAGUGCAUAGAAGAAGGCACCUACGUCCUGUUGGUCCUAUUCGUUCUGUCUGCCGUUCUCAAUGUUGUCCUCAUUGUCUACUUUGUCGUCAAGUGUAAACGAGCUACCCGCGCUGAUUCUGAUAACACUUCCUCCCGGAUCGAUUCUCCCGAGACGGAUUUUGCUGAAGCCGCUUCUUCCGUGACCGAUGCCCCUAAGGUCGCUUUGCCUGAGACUGACGACCCCGAGACCAAGCUGCUUCCUCCGACACCAACACACCCAGGUUAA